AUGGGGAGCUGCUGCAGUUGUCUGUGCAGAGACAGCAUCCCAGACAACCAUCCCACCAAAUUUAAGGUAACGAACGUGGACGAUGAAGGUAACGAGCUGGGAUCUGGGAUUAUGGAGCUGACGCAGACGGAGCUCAUCCUGCACACUCACAAGCGAGAUGCCGUCAGGUGGCCCUACCUCUGCCUGCGCCGCUACGGCUACGACUCCCACCUCUUCUCCUUUGAGAGCGGCCGUCGCUGCCAGACGGGGCAGGGGAUUUUUGCCUUCAAGUGUUCCAGAGCAGAGGAGAUCUUUAACCUGCUUCAGGACCUGAUGCAGUGUAACAGUAUCAACGUAGUGGAAGAGCCUGUUGUCAUCACCAGGAACAGUCACCCGGCCGAGCGGGAGCUCUCCCGCACCCCCCAGGCACCCAACAGUCUGGACUACACUGUCCCAGGAUUUCCCAAUGGAUUUCACAGCUUCCCUGGAGAAACCCUAUCGUACUCCGCAGCCCGCCACCCCUCCAUGGGCAGCCUGAGGCAUUCCUCUGUGGGUGAAGACUCUACUCAUGCCCUUAUUGGGCCUGAUGAGCAGUCCCACACCUACGUCAACACGGCCAACGGCGAGCAGGAGCUGAGGGGCCGACACUGUAUGCACUCCUUGCCUGAAGUCCACCCUCCUUUCCCCCAUAGGAACCACAGCUGCUCCCUGGAAGACCGCAAUCCCCAGGUCUUUCUGCAGCCAGGGGAGGUGAAGUUCGUCUUAGGUCCCCCGUCCAACUACAGGCGCGUCUGUCGGCACCAUCGGGAGUGCAGGACGCACUUCUGCCCCCCCAACAACAACAACGAGUGCGAGGAGGAGUGCCCUUCGCCCCGCUGCGUCUACGAGAACGUCAAUGCUUCCCCCAGCGGCUACUCGGAGGCUGGUGAAGAGGAUCCCUUGCAGAACUACAUGAACUCGGAGAACACCGCGCUGCACGGGGGCAGCGGGCAGCGCCGGACCAGCUUCCUGCCAAAGCCUCGGCGCGGCUGCGUGCCCAGUGUCUUCAGCUUCGACUUCCCCCGGCCUUGUCCGGAGCAGCCGCGGCAACUCAACUACAUCCAGGUGGAGCUGGAGGCCGAGCCCCGCAAGGGACAUCAGAACCCGCCGCUCCCCCGUGUCCCGCCUCCCGCCACCCACGAAGCCCGCCGGACGGACUCCUACGCGGUCAUCGACCUAAAAAAGACAGCGGCCAUGUCCAGUUUGCAAAGGGCCUUGCCGAGAGACGAUGGGACUUCCCGGAAAACUCGACAUAACAGCACUGACCUGCCUCUGUGA